AUGGGUUUCAUUGAUAAUGUUAUGUGUCACAACUGUCUCGGGCUUUCAUCGCUGUUACAUUGGGAAUAUAAUCAUAAUUGUAUUCAGGGUCUUCGUUUUAGUCGACAUGGUCCGCGUAUCAUCCAUCUUUUCUAUGCGGAUGAUUGUUUGUCGUUUUUGCGCAACUCAGAAUCUUCAUUUGCUCGUGUUCGUGAUAUUCUUGCUUUAUAUGAGCACCUCUAUGGUCAAAAGGUUAAUUCUGCUAAGUCCAGCAUUUAUUUCUUUCCAUCAACAACUCCUUCUCUGCAAAAUCAUCUCUGCACUCUAGUGGGUGUUUCCUCUAUUGUUGAUCCGAGUAUGUAUCUUGGGAUGCCUCUAAUUGUCGGUCGAAAUAAGACUCAGGCUUUUGGGUUUCUUCGUGAUAAGGUUUCUUCAAGAGUCCAGAGUUGGACAAAGAAUUUAAUUUCCUAUGGCGGUUGUGUCGUUUAUGUUAAAGCGAUGGUACAAGUACUUCCAACCUACGUCAUGGGCUAUUAUUUGAUUCUUGGGGUGCUUUCUGACAUCACUACUCUUUGA